AUGUUCCCAGGACAAGGUAGACAUACGUACGGGCAUAGCCAACAACAACAGGGAGGAAGCUAUGGAGAUCGUCCUCCUCAACAAGGCUAUGGUGGACCUCAAGGCGGAUAUGGUGGUCCCCAGGGAGGUUAUGGUGGUCCACAAGGUGGAUACGGUGCACCUCAGGGUGGAUAUGGUGCACCUCAGGGUGGAUAUGGUGCACCUCAGGGUGGAUAUGAUCGACCAUCUGGCCCCCCUCCCGGACAAAGCUACGGUCACAAUGAAGGCAGACAUGACGAUAGAAGACACGAGUCUAGAUAUAAUGAUAAUGAACAAGGAAGAUACAGUAGACCAUCGGGUCCUCCUCCUGGUCAGCAUAGCUAUGAUGACAAUAGACGUCAUGACGGUGGUAGGAAUGAUGAUAGAUAUGAUGGGUCUUCUGGUGGAUAUCUGAGACCAUCUGGGCCUCCACCUGGUCAGGACAAUUAUUCACGUCCAUCUGGUGCUCCACCUAGUCAGGGAGGUAGCUAUUCCCAAGGUGGCUACUCCCGUCCAUCUGGGCCUCCACCUGGACAAGAUAGUUAUUCCCGUCCUUCUGGUCCUCCAUCAGGACAAGGUAGCUACUCUCGCCCGUCCGAAGCCCCACCAAGUGGUAGUGGUCGUCAAUCUGGCGGUCGUGGUCACUAUACCCAACCAUCAUCCCAACCCCAAUCCUUCGGAGUCGGGAACUACACCUAUCAAUACUCCCAAUGCUCGGGGAAGAAAAAAGCAUUAUUCGUCGGUAUAAACUACAUCGGAACCAAACAAGAACUCAAAGGCUGUAUCAACGAUUGUGAAAACGUGAAACAAUUCUUAUUAACUCAAGGAUUCAAAGCCGAAGAUAUGGUCAUGCUUAAUGACAAACAAACCUCCCAGAGGGCCAUCCCUACCAAACAAAACAUUCUUGAUGCCAUUGGAUGGUUGGUCAAGGAUGCCAAACCCAAUGAUUCUUUGUUUUUCCACUAUAGUGGCCACGGAGGCCAGACACCGGAUUUAGAUGGGGAUGAAGAGGAUGGAUAUGAUGAAGUUAUAUAUCCGUUAGAUUUUGAGACGAAUGGGUUUAUUGUCGAUGAUCAAUUACAUGAUUUGUUGGUGAAGACAUUGCCUCAGGGGGUUAGAUUAACGGCGAUUUUUGAUUCUUGUCAUUCGGGGUCGGUGUUGGAUUUGCCAUAUAUGUAUUCGACCAAGGGAGUUGUUAAGGAGCCUAAUGUAUUGCAGGAAGCUGGAGAGGGGUUGAUGGAGGCGGCAAUGGCAUAUAGUAAAGGAGAUACGGGUGCUAUGAUUAAGGGGGUUACUGGGUUGGUUAAAUCAUUUUUGAAUAAAGACAAGGCGGAAAAGGCGUAUGAAAAGACGAAACAAACAAAGACGGCUCCUGCUGAUGUUAUUUCUAUGAGUGGAUGUAAGGAUGAUCAAACUAGUGCUGAUGCAAAAGAAGAUGGACAAAGUACGGGAGCUAUGAGUUAUGCGUUUAUGACUGUUAUGAGACAAAAUCCUGAUCAAUCUUAUUUGAGUUUAUUACAGAAUAUGAGAGAGGUUUUGAGUAGUAAAUAUAGUCAAAAACCUCAAUUAUCUGCUUCUCAUCCUAUUGAUGUUAAUUUACAGUUUAUCGUUUGA